CCUCGCGUUACGUAUAAAAAUUCAGCCGCCAUUCCCCAUUCUCCCUCCAUUCCAAACCUUCCAAAAUUCAAACAAAACAUUCCAUCUUCCAAACAUUCUGGAGGCCAGUUCCAGCGACAGUUCCGAAAUGGAGAACGCUCCAAACGACGACGCUUCGUCUUCUGCUACGUUCAGGGGAGUGAGGAGGAGGGAGUGGGGGAAAUGGGUGUCGGAGAUUCGGCAACCCAAUAGCCGGCGCCGGAUUUGGCUCGGCUCCUUCGACUCGCCGGUGAAGGCGGCGCGGGCGUUCGACGCCGCCCUUUUCUGUCUCCGCGGGAGGAAUGCGAACUUCAACUUCCCCGACAACCCGCCCGAUAUCGCCGGCGGCAGCUCAAUGUCGGUCGACGAAAUUAAGGUUGCCGCGAUCAAUUACGCCAACGCGGAGACCCAUCAGGAUACCGGGUCGGGUCCCAGCCGUGGGAAUGUUUCGGAUCAUUCGACUUCGCUUUCGCCACCUCACGCCAUGCAUGCUGACUCACCUCCUCAGCCGGGUCCCGGUUGGCCCGCCCAAGGCGUGGAAGGUGAAAUGACACAAACACCCUUUGACGACGGAUUUCUGCAGCAGUUCUCUUCCUUCUCGUGGGACGCUCCGAUUAAUAACGACUUUACGGAUUACGGGUAUUUUCCUGGAUUGGAUGAUUUCGGUAAUGACUAUUAUGCCCCGCCCACUUUACCCGAAACCAAUUUCGACAACGAAGAGCAGGAUGAUGGAUAUGCGUCACAAGGAUCAUUCCGUCUCUGGGAUUAUUAAAGCAACCAAUCACAUCUUAGAGAAAAUGGGUAAAAGCGUAUAACCAUUGCGGAUUUGCGGAUUGGAGUUUUUUGCCACUAUAGUUAAUGGCAAUCUUGUCCUUUCAAUUUUGGAGAUGAUAUAAUAUAAUAAUUCAUCCAAAUAUAAUGUAUUUAGCUGCCCCCUCCCAUAAAACCUAAAAUUAUUUGUACCUUCUUUUUUAGCACAAUCUGUUGUACAUCAACUUGUAAGAUAUAAUAAAUAAACAUCAUUAUUAUAAA